UCAUUGAUCUGACUUCAUUCAAUUCAUCUUCGUUAUCUUUGAUUCAUCUUUUAUCUGAUUUUACUAAACACAACUUUUACUUUAAUCUUAUCUCAUCAUUAAUAUUCCCGCCACCUGCCGUCACCGUUAGAGUAUCGGUCCAUCAUGGUGCUGUCCUCGGUCAACAAGAUGAAAGUCUUCCAGCUGGUCUUCUCGGACCCCGGCAGGUCCUUCUACAGCAGCGGGGACAAACUGUCCUGCUCCGUGCAGCUGGAGGCGGCUCACUCCUGCAGAGUGACCGGCCUCACUGUCACCGCCGCCGGCUGCGCCCACGUGGACCACCGCGGCGGGAAGAACCGGAGGAGCCGCAGCCAAGAGGUGGAGUACCUGAAGUAUGAGGAGGAGCUGAGGCUGGAGGAGCAGCUGAGCAGAGACUCUGAUGGCUGCUUCCUGCUGCAGCCUGGUAAAACCUACAGCUUCCAGUUCGGCUUCGAGCUGCCGGCCCCAGGGCGUCUGGUGUCGUCCUAUAAAGGAAAGUUUGGUUACGUGCGAUACUACACCCGGGCGGUACUGGACAGGCCUACCCAGCAUGCUUUGCAGUGUGAGAGGGAGUUUGAGGUGGAGGAGCCGCUGGACAUCAACCGACCCGACCUGCUGGCUCCGGCCGCCGCCGCCAAACAGAAGAAGGUUACCUGUCUGUUCAUACCUGACGGCCAGGUGUCCAUCAGUGCUAAGAUUGACAGGAAGGGAUUCUGUGAGGGAGAGGAAAUAAAUAUAAAUGCCAAGUUCGAGAACACGUGUUCACGUAUCGUGGUGCCGAAGGCCGCAAUCAUUGCCAAGCACACAUACCUCGCCGACGGACGCAGCAAGGUCUUGCGUCAGAAACUGUCGGCGGUUCGGGGAAAUCAUAUCAUCUCUGGGAUGUGCGACAUGUGGCAGGGGAAGAGCAUCAGGGUCCCCAAACUGAAGCCGUCGCUGCUGGGCUGUGACAUCAUCAAGGUGGACUACGCCCUUAUGAUCUACCUGCACAUCCCAGGCAGUGAGAAGCUGGUCCUGGAGCUGCCUCUGGUCAUUGGUACGAUCCCAUUCAGCGGCGUCGGCAGCAGAACCAGCAGCAUGAGCAGCCAGGCCGGGUCCCUGGGCAGCCAGGCCGGAUCCCUGAGCAGCUGGUCCUCCUUCCCCUCCGCCCCCCCGAGCUACAGUAACAUCCACAGGGACCUGAGAGUGGACGGGCCCCGCACCCCGCUGCUCCAAGACUACGACGGUGGGGAGGACGAGGAGGACGAUGACGGGGGACUCUUCAUGAGAGCACCUGAACUGCACUACCCCCCUCCCCCCGCCUACAGCGAGGUGGAUCAGGACGCCGUUAACCCUCCUCAGGUUGUUCAGGUGUUCUGAGGACAUCCUGACGAGGACCAGGAGACGAGUACGACGUCCUGUUAAGACCAUCCAUGGUCUCGUCCCCUCACAGUUUCCUGAUGGGACUCUGAGCUUGGCGCUCACGUGACUCGUUAUCUGACCUGUCUGUUAUUCCCCGUCGGUUCAAGACUGAAGCGUGGAGCUUGGUGAUGACGAUGACUCAGCAGUUUUCUGUCAGUGACUCAGAUGUUUUCUGUCAGUGACGCAGAUGUUUCUGUUUUGUUGUGUAGGUAAACUCAGAGGAAAAGUUUUGUUGUGAAAAGUGUUUUUGAUAUUUGCUGUCUCUCAGUCCAGUGUUCGGAUUGGU